AUGUCGGUGGGCCGGGUCGCACUCGCCGCGGCGGGCCACUGUGCCCUGCUUUGGGCGCUCAGCGACCCGCUGAGCGUCCCGGCAUCCACCACGCAGCAGCGGCCGCCGGACACCGUAGAUGGCGGCGUGCCCUUCCUCAAAAUUUUGCCCACCAGGGACGAACAGCUUCAGAAGCUGCGCACCACGCUGGAGUUCGACGUUAUGGUGCUGGGCGGAGGAGCCAUCGCCUGUGGCAUAGCACUUGACGCAGCCACCAGAGGACUCCACGUGGCGAUGUGCGACAUUGAGGACUUCGGUGCUGGGGCCAGCACACGUGGCUGCAAGCUUCUGCCUGCAACAGCGCGUGGUUACAGCGAGCCAAUGGUGCCGUUCCACUUGAAAUUGUUCAAGGGCAACCAUCAGGCGAUCGAAGAACGGCAGGCUAUAUUCAACUCUGCGCCACAUCUAUGCCACCCGGUGUCCGUGGUGUUGCCGCUCUACGACUGGCGCAAGGCACUCUCGGUCUGGUUUUAUUUCAAAACCCACUGGUACAUCUUCAGCAAACCGAACCUCAACGAUAACCGCUGGCUCAGCAGCGCCAAGACGCAGGAGUUGCUGCCCCUUCUGCGCAAGGACAAGCUGGUAGGGUCCGUGGUGUUCCGCGAAGCCACCAUCGAUGACAUUCGCAUGAAUGUGGCGCUGGCACUCACAGCCGCACGCCACGGUGCUGUUGUCGUCAACCACGUGGGAUGCAAGGGCUUUCUCAAGGAUAAAUUCGGUCGCCUACGCGGUGUUGUUCUGAUAAACAAGCUGACCGGAGAGAAGUGGCCUGUGCGUGUAAAGUGUGUCAUCAAUGCAACGGGGCACAGUGCAGACUACCUUCGGCAGGUGGACACGCCCUCGGCCAAGGCGAUCGGAAACCCGGUGUUGAGCACAUACAUGGUUCUACCCUGGCAUUUCGGCCACAAGACGUGCGCCAUCCUGACGGCCACCAACAAAGGCACGCUGAUCGCCAUGCCCUACCAGGAGCAGAGCCUCAUCUCGGGCUCACACAAAAAGCUCGACUUCACUCAGGCCGGAAGACCGACGCACGAGACAGUCAGCAAGAUGUUGCGAGACUGGAACGAGCAGCUCGACAUGAACACGGUGACAGCGAGGCUCAGUGAGGUGCUGUCCACGUGGACUUCCGUGGCCUCGGUGCAGGAGAGCGUGACGGGUCGUGAGAAGCCGGUGAUCGAAGUGAGCCAGAGCGGCAUGGUCACUUGCACUGGCGGCGCUUGGACUUGGAACCGGCUUCUGGCAGAGCGAGUCGUGGACACGGCACUGGCGCACUGCGAGGAGCUGCAGCCCUCUCUUCCUUGCUCCACCAGGGCCAUCAAGCUGGAAGGGGCCGCCAAUUGGUCUCCUACUCUGUACGUCCAGCUGCUACAGAAGUACCGCCUCGAGGCAGACGUGGCCAAGCACCUGGUCGACUACUACGGCGACCAGGCGGCGCUACUGGCGCGCAUGGCCGCGAAUUCACGCAAGGGCUCACGCUCGCUCAACCCGGGGCAGAGGCUACUGCCGCGGCUGUCCUUCAUCGAGGCUGAGGUGCGACACGCGGUGCGCCACGAGUUCGCGUGCACGGCGGUGGACGUGCUCGCCCGGCGGCUGGGCGUGGCGUACGCGGACGCCAACGCGGCGGAGUGCAUGCUGCCGCGCGUCGUGGACAUCAUGGCGGCUGAGCUGGGCUGGACGGCGGCGCAGCGCGAGGGCCAGAUGCAGCAGGCGACGCGCUUCCUGGAGGAGAACAUGGGCCUCGCCGUGUGCCGACCCCACAGGCACGCGCCCGUGCUCAGGCUGGACUCGAACGAGUUCGGGCGACUCGUGCGUCUCUUCCAGUACCUCGACCGGCGACAGGUGGAGGCCCUUUCCAAGGCCCUGCAGCUGAACGCCGACACGCUGGCCGAGACCCUGGACGAGAUGGAGAGCGCGACGAGCGGAAGCUUGGAGCUGGGCGACUUCCUGCUCUUCAUGAACAACCUGAAGGUGUGCCUGCGCGCGCAGCAGAUGAGGGCCGCCAAGAGAGACCCGAGCAUGAACGAAUUGGUCGAGCUGCGCGGAAGCGACACACUCGCCCCGCUGCCGAGCGCGCCUACCGUCUACACCAUGUAAGAGGGCGCCGCCCAGCCCACACCCUCCUCCGCCUGGACGGGCGCCGCACGGCGCAGCGCCCGAGUCGCCCGGUGAAGCUGCGGCGCAGCGGCCCCCGCGGCGCCACUUCAGUCGCCGCGUUGCUCCCGUGGAGUGAGCGUAGCGUGCCGGGAUGACGAGUCGACUCGGCGUCACGCGGUGUCCGCGCCGCGUGCGUUUGUAAAUUCGUCAAUUCGGCUUAUUUUACUAUAAACGUGUUUAGAAAUUGGUAAGCGCAACGCGUGUUUCUUCUGUGACUGGGUUCGUUCAGUGAAUACGACCCGUAUUCACUAAACGAACCCAGUUAUACAGACUGCAAGCUCGUUAGGUCUAGCUGACGUUCCGAGACUGAUAAAGGGAAAAUGAGACAUCCACACAAACGUAGCUAAGUGCUACAAAGGAAACCCAUACGGGUUCCUCGAAAGAAAAGCUUCGCAGUUGAAGAAACAUUCGUCCUGGUCCGGGACUCGAACCCGGGACCACCGCCUCUUCAGGCCAGCCGCUCUACUAUCUGAGCUGACCAGGCGGCUAGCGGAUGACAGGCGAAGUCGAGUUUAUCAACAACUCAGAAGCAAAGGCAAGAGACAGCUUACACUGGCGUCUUUAUAGGCCUUGAAUUAAUUAAUCAAUGAGCUAGCGAGAUCAUUUAAAUAUAGUUAAUAUAUGCUUAUAAGUUCUGUUUAAGUACUGAAUCCAACAAUAAUUCGCGAAAAGUUUUUACAAAAGGAAGAAUAAAGUGCAGAUCCAAACGCACACGUUGGAAUCUGCGUGAAGUAUCUGUGUGAACUGAG